AUGGCCGAGGAUCCCGAGGCAAGGGCUCGUCGAAGCCGCAGCCGCGGAGCGCCACCGCGACAUGCAACAGCCUGCAGCGGCUUCAUCGGGCUGGACUUCGAUUGCACGAUAACAGUGCGACACUUCUACAAAUGCUUGGCCUGCGGAAUCGUGAUGGGGAAACCGUCAGCCCAUCCGCACUGCCGGGAUUUCGUGGCAUGGCUGCGCAAGGCUGGCGUCACAGAUCUGUCCGUGCACCAGGCACCGGACGUCCAUCCGAUCAUUCUGGCAGUGGAAGCCCUGGCCAAAAGACUGGGGGAGCCGAAGUUCAAGCAGAUGCUUCGCGAGGUCUUCUUUGGCGGCGAGGCGAGGAUAAAGCUUCUCACGGCUUGGUUUACAGCCAAGAAGAGCGAGGGAGCGUGCUUCGCCAUCAUAACUGCCGGCGUGGCCAGCUCUGUGUCCAUGGCCCUGGAAGCCGUUCCGGAGUGGGACGACUUCUUUCCAACAGACUUGGUUCUGGAUGUUGGAGCAUGCCGGCACCAGGUGAUGUCCGUCACCGGGCAGAAGUCGCUAAUGUUGCGAGACCUACGUCCGACAAUCCCAAGGAUUCUCCUGGUAGAUGAUUCUCUUGGCGAGGACCCUCCUCCUGCAUGGGUGUUGCGUCGCAGCCAGGUGAUCCCCGUUGCGUUGCCUUACGAGGGUCAGGGUCUCGACGAUGAGUCCCUAGCUCGGCACCCAGCUUUAGUGGCCUGGUGCCCCCAUGCACUCCGUCGCAGCGCCAUGUCCUGGAAUGGCUGGGGCUGGCCGUGGCAACAGCAAACCUGGGGGAGCAACAACUGGUGGUCGCGCCCAUCCGAGCCGUAUGGCGACUGGUGGUCUCAGUCUAAGGCUACGGAAGAGCUUGGGCACAGGGUGUCUGGCGACCGUGAGCAGAGCAAGGCUUUCAUGCAGCAGGAGGGGGGCCCUUCUUCGGCGGCAGCCACAUCGGAGAACCCUGAUCCUCGGCCAAGGGUUGCUAAGCCAUCACCGCCGGAGACGGCGGAAAACCUGAGGAGCACGCCGCAACUGGAUGCAGUGACUCCCGAAAGUUUUUCUUCGCCGCCAGCUUCGACGGCUUCUCAUCUCCGAGACCACAGCGUUUCCCAGAGGACGAAGACCGACCUCAAGCCUGAAACAAAUCUCCCUCAGUCCUUGGAGGAGUCCGAGUGGUGGCUGGGUGUGGACGAGGCGACCAGGCAGCGGCUCACGGAGGAGUUACGAGAUUGGCUGCGCAGCAUAAGUCCAACGUUCACCUGCUAUUUCCAGAUAAUGGAAGAGAACUACGACACAGUGGACCAAAUCUGUCGGCUCUACCUCAUAGAGGAGGAAGACGGAGAGUCCAAGAAUGACAAACGGCUGGACCCGCUGUUCUUUCAGGACAAUGGCAUUAACGAUCCGGAGCAUCAGCGCUUGUUUCGCCAAUGGUUUGCUUCAAAGUUCAGUCUGACUGCUGACGAGAGCAAGGCUGCGGAUCCUGCCAUCCCUCCGGAGUUUACUUCGAAAGCCGAGCAGGUGGCUGCUCAACCGGCUCUUGUUCACGAUGCAAGAGGCAUCUCUGCAGCUGCUAGCAGCAGCGCACGCGGCGAGGAUCCCUGGACCACAGGCAAAGAUCCCUGGGCUCAGGGUCGCGAAGCCGCGAGCUUUCGGAGUCGCUCGCAGCCGGUCCGCAGCGCGCGCGGCAGGAGCCCGGGCAGUCCAGGCGCCAGGGCAUCUGAGCUCCAACAACGCGGCUCGGCGCGUGCAGCGUCGCGGCCUGCCAUGUCCCAUGCAGGUCCGGCAGCGGUCAGGGCGGCGGCACCGAACCAGAUGCUACCCACAGGCACGGCAGUGGCACCACCUGUGCCGGCAGCAAAGUCUGCUGACGGAGCGGUGAAAGGCCAGCGUGAGGCUGCCAACCCUGAGCCCUUGGAGCAGGGUGGACCUAAAGGCCCAGGCCAGACAGCCCUCCAUGGAAACUACAGCCACUGGGGAGACUCUGCUUGGAGCCCGCAGUGGUCAACAUGGUCCUGGUCCUGGAAUGGCUGGGGCACACCCAGCGGAUGGUGA